CUGGGCGGCGGCGGCGGCGGCGGCGGCGGGGACCCGGCACCUGGGACUGUUGUUCUCCGGCUGGGACGGCCGCCGUCCGUGCGCCCCGAGACCGGAGCCGGGCGGCCCGGGCGCGGACAGCCGCUCACCAGCCCGCUCCCGCGUGGCCGGGGCUGCUGCGCUCGGCCCCCGAUGCCCUGCACUGAAGAGGGGGCGGCGGGACCCUGGUGAUCGCGCCUUCAGCCCCCCUGCAACUCGGCGUCUCCACGGACCCCCCCACCCCGAGGCCCGCGCCCCCCGUCGCUGUGCCAUGGCUGAGAAGGCGGAGGGGGACAUGAACUCCAACGUGCUCCACGCCCCCCCAUACCACACCGGGGACCCUCAGCUCGACACGGCCAUCGGGCAGUGGCUCCGGUGGGAUAAGAAUCCCAAAACAAAAGAGCAGAUUGAAAAUCUGUUGCGGAAUGGGAUGAACAAGGAGCUGAGAGAUCGGCUCUGCUGCCGUAUGACCUUUGGGACCGCAGGGCUGCGCUCGGCUAUGGGGGCAGGAUUUUGCUAUAUUAAUGACUUAACAGUUAUACAGUCAACUCAGGGCAUGUACAAGUACCUGGAGAGAUGCUUUUCGGACUUCAAGCAGAGAGGCUUUGUCGUUGGCUACGACACCCGGGGCCAAGUGACGAGCAGCUGCAGCAGCCAAAGACUUGCUAAGCUCACUGCUGCUGUCUUACUGGCCAAAGAUGUUCCUGUGUACCUUUUUUCAAGAUACGUUCCUACACCUUUUGUACCGUAUGCAGUCCAGGAGCUCAGAGCAGUUGCUGGUGUGAUGAUCACGGCAUCCCACAACCGCAAAGAAGACAAUGGAUACAAGGUUUAUUGGGAAACUGGCACCCAGAUCACAUCUCCUCAUGACAAAGAAAUUUUGAAGUGUAUAGAAGAAUGUGUGGAGCCCUGGAAUGGGUCCUGGAAUGAGAAUUUAGUGGAUACCAGUCCCCUGAAGAGGGAUCCCCUGCAAGACAUCUGCAGGAAGUACAUGGAAGAUCUGAAAAAGAUCUGUUUCCACAGGGAUUUGAACUCAAAGACUAGCUUGAAAUUUGUCCAUACGUCUUUCCACGGGGUUGGGCAUGACUACGUGCAGCUGGCUUUCCAAGCAUUUGGUUUUAAGCCUCCAAUUCCAGUACCGGAACAAAAAGAUCCUGAUCCAGACUUUCCUACGGUUAAAUGCCCCAAUCCUGAAGAAGGAGAAUCUGUGCUGGAACUUUCUCUGAGACUGGCAGAGAAAGAAAAUGCCCGGAUAGUGCUAGCCACAGAUCCUGACGCAGACCGACUGGCAGUGGCAGAGCUCCAGGAGAAUGGUCAUUGGAAAGUUUUCACAGGGAAUGAACUGGCAGCUUUGUUUGGGUGGUGGAUGUUUGAUUGCUGGAAGAGAAAUAAGUCAAGAAUUGCUGAUGUGAGGAACAUUUAUAUGCUGGCCACGACAGUCUCGUCCAAAAUUCUGAAAGCAAUUGCACUUAAGGAAGGAUUUCAUUUUGAAGAAACAUUACCAGGUUUUAAAUGGAUUGGAAGUAGAAUAAAAGACCUCCUGGAAAAUGGGAAAGAAGUUCUUUUUGCAUUUGAAGAAUCUAUUGGUUUUCAGUGUGGAACCUCCGUUUUGGAUAAGGAUGGAGUGAGCGCAGCUGCCGUCAUUGCUGAGAUGGCGUCUUACCUGGAAACCACAAACAUCACCUUGAAGCAGCAGCUGGUUAGGGUUUACGAGACAUAUGGCUAUCACAUUUCGAAAACUUCAUAUUUCUUGUGUUAUGACCCAACUACCAUCAAAAGUAUAUUUGAAAGGCUGCGUAAUUUUGAUUCUCCAAAAGAAUAUCCAAAAUUUUGCGGGCCAUUUGCAAUCCUGCAUAUACGGGAUAUUACCACCGGAUAUGACAGCAGCCAGCCUGAUAAGAAAUCAGUGCUGCCUGUGAGUAAAAAUAGCCAAAUGAUCACUUUCACUUUUCAAAACGGCUGUGUUGCUACUCUGCGCACAAGUGGGACAGAACCAAAGAUCAAGUAUUAUGCAGAGAUGUGUGCAUCACCAGAUCAAAGUGAUACUGCCUUACUAGAAGAGGAAUUGAAGAAACUCAUUGAAGCUCUGAUCGAGAAUUUUCUUGAACCCAGUAAAAAUGAACUGUCCUGGCGUUCUGUUUAAUGUUAACAGUGGCGGUACUUUGCCCUGGCAUGUGGCACAGAGCAAGCGGGAACUGCAGAAAGUGAACUUGUGUUAGCAUUCUCUUUCUCAUCCAUACAAAUGUCUGUUUCCUUUUAUUUUUAUUUCUUUUUGGUCGGCUUACUAAACAAACUGUGUAUUUGAAAUGAUGUGUUCUUGAGUGAAAGAAUCCAUUUUUUUCCUCAAUAGUUAUUUGAGCAAAAGUCAUUGCAUUAAGAGUGUCAUGGUAGCACGUUGUUCUUCCUUACACAGAAACCAAACAGUAGCAAAAGUGGGUUCUUGUAUUAAAGUAUGAUUAAGCUUACAUCCAUGUUCUUAUCACUGUGUAUAGCACGGUUUA